AUGGCGGCGGAGCGCAGCGGGGGUGGCCGUGGGCGCGGGGCCGGGGCCCGCCGAAAGCGGCUGUGGAGGCCCGCCUCGCUGCGCGGCGUGCUGGGCAGCCUGCAGGAGGGACAAGGAUUUGCAUUUCGGAGAAAACAAAAGAUUGAAAGAAAAUACAGGAAAUUAUUGAAAAAGGAACGAAAGAUCCAUUCACCACAAGAUAAUCAAUUUGUUGAUGCUUAUCCAGAGCACUUGAAACAUCUUUACCUAGCUGAGGAAGAGAGGCUUAAGAAACAGUACAAGACACCAGAUGAUUCAGUUUUAUCAGAAGAAAAACUUAAUAAAGCAGUAGAAUCAGUUAUGACUGAAGAGAAGUUUAAGAAAAAAACAUCAAAUCAGAAGGCAAAAGAAGAGUAUGAGAAAAUAAAGGCUGAGCGUGCUAAGAAGAAAGAGGAAGCAGAAAAAAGAAGACAACAAAGAGAAGAAGCUCAACGGUUGUACAAGCAAAAGAAAAUGGAAGUUUAUAAAAUAUUGAGUAAGAAGACCAAGAAAGGACAGCCAAAUCUAAACUUACAAAUGGAGUUUCUUCUUCAGAAAAUACAACAAAAUACAUAA